AUGUGGGGAAGGUUCCGGAGCAAGUUGGGACAACGCAGACUACAAAUACUAAUUGCUUAUCCUUAUCAAUACCGAUAUUGCCUUCAUCCACACAUCUUCACCACACACUCCACAAUGAACACCACAGCCACUAUCAAAACGUUUGGCGGCGAGCUGCUCAAGCUCAGCCACGACUCCAAGGUCAAUGGGUGCAAGAUGGACCUCAAUGUCUUCGUGCCCCCCAAUGCCCCCGCCAAGGUCCCAGUGCUCUUCUUCCUCUCUGGCCUCACCUGCACCGGCAACAACUGUGCUGAGAAGGGCUUUUUACAUCCCUUUGCCGCCAAGCAUGGAAUCGCCAUUGUCUACCCCGACACCUCGCCACGAGGCCACAACAUCCCCGGAGAGGACGACUCGUGGGACUUUGGAUCGGGAGCAGGCUUCUACCUCAACGCCACCAAGGAGCCCUACAAGGGCAAGUACAACAUGUACCAGUACAUCUCCGAGGAGUUGCCCGCUCUGCUGUGGCAGCAGUUUCCUCAGUUUGACAAGGACAAUGUCGGUAUCACCGGCCACUCAAUGGGCGGCCAUGGUGCUCUGACCCUGUUCCUGAAGAACCCCGGCAUGUACAAGUCCGUCAGUGCAUUCUCGCCCAUCUCCAACCCCAAGAACUGCCCCUGGGGAGACAAAGCCUUCUCAGGCUACCUCAACGACAAAUCUGAAUGGGACGACUAUGACGCUUCUGAGCUCAUCAAGAAGUACAAGGGCCCCACUCCCGGCAUUCUCAUCGACUGUGGAACCGCAGAUAACUUUUACACCCAGGGCCAGCUGCUUCCUGAGAACCUCGUUGCUGCUAGCAAGGGCACCGAGUUUGAUGGCAAGGUUGAUCUGCGACUCCAGGACGGUUACGACCACUCCUAUUACUUCAUUUCCACCUUUGCCGAGGAUCACGUUAACCAUGCCGCCAAGUACCUGACUGCAUCCAAGUUGUAG